UCUCGUGUUUCAAAGAUUAUUAACACGCCAAAAAACAGCUGUAAAAUUGCUUAAAAACCUUAGAUCUCUCUCUAUCAUGAGCUCAAACAAGAUCUAUGAAUUACGUACUUAUGAUCUAAAGCCUGAUAAGUUUGCGGACUAUCUCAAAUUGAUCAAGGAAAAGUUUGACAUAAGAACUGCACAUUCUAAACUCUGUGGAUUCUGGACAACUGAUAUUGGUGAYAAAUUGAAUCAAGUUGUUCAUUUGUGGGAAUAUGAUAGCUAUUGUCAUAGAGCAGCUGUGCGUAGUGCACUCACUAAAGAUGAGAGAUGGAAUACAGAAUUCAUACCAUACUCAAAACCCAUGAUUGUAAAACAGAAAAAUGUAAUGUUAAGGCCAGCAUCAUGGUAUCCAGUGAGAGAUCCUGAUGUUACUGGAGGAAUCUAUGAACUUAGACGAUACACUUUUGAUCCAUCCAAACGAGAUGAGAUUGAAAGACUUUGGGCACCAGUCAUUCCUCAUCGUAACAAGUACAAGGAAGCUAUUGGCAUUUGGUUUACUGAAGUUGGCACACUGAAUGAAAUAUACUCCUUGUGGUCUUACAAAGAUGGUGAUGAACGAAGUCAGGCCAGGAAAACUGCCUUUGAAGAUGAAGUAUUGAAAAAAGCAUUGCAUACAGUGGAUGUCCACUUUACAAUGACCAAAAAUUCGCUUCUCCAUCCAACAACCAUUUCUCCAUGGAAUUAAGUAAACAGCCUAGAGAAAGUCGCAGUUAAAGUGUGGGAGAAGUUUGAAAAUAUUUAAUAUACUUUUCCAAUUAACAGGCAAACUAUAUAACAAGGUAUAUUACAGCUAAAUAAUGUGUGUGGUUUUGAACACUAUCACUCAUAAGGGUUGUAUCAGUGGUCCAAAAAACCGACAUCAAUCUAUGACUUUAUUCAUCACUGACUGCAGAACUGGUUUCUUUUUAAAGUAAUAUACUGCAGAAUAAUCACAAGUUUGCAAGCUGUAUUUACCCCCUAGUAUAUGUUAAAGCCUAAUACCAUCUAACACACUGUAAUAAUUGAAUAGUGGUAGCUCUAUGUCUAAAUAGGAACAAUAAAUUAAUUAAUUCUUUURGAAAAUAAAGAUCAUAUCUUUUACCAA